AUGCGCUUGCAGCUUGGUCAGCCGCACGAUCCAGUUACUGUAGCCGCUUGCUGCAAUGAAAACAUCGUCGUUGGUGGGUGGAUAUAUACAUGGGCCCCGGUUCCAUCAUUUCUUUUACCCCCAAAAUCACUGACUGAGUGAAGACGAGCAGCUAGAAAAAGGCAUGAGGUCCUUAUUAUGGAUUCCAGCAGACGUGUCCAUGUCUGGGGCCACCAGCUGGAUGUAGCCGGGGCCCCCGUGCCUGAGCUCCAUGCACCUCACACAUCACACCUUUGACUUCAUGAAGAUCCCUGACAUCGGUGAUGUAAUGAAUAAAUUUGAAGUCCUUGGGAUUGUGGGUGAAGGUGCUUAUGGUGUUGUUCUGAAGUGCAGACACAAGGAAACCAAUGAAAUUGUUGCUAUUAAGAAAUUCAAAGACAGUGAAGAAAAUGAAGAGGUUAAAGAAACAACGCUACGGGAGCUUAAGAUGCUCCGUACCCUCAAGCAGGAGAAUAUCGUUGAGCUCAAAGAGGCCUUCCGCAGAAGAGGGAAGCUGUAUCUGGUCUUUGAGUAUGUGGAGAAGAACAUGCUUGAGCUACUCGAGGAGUUACCCACCGGUGUCCCGACCGACAAAGUGCGCAGCUACAUCUUCCAGUUGAUCAAAGCCAUUCACUGGUGCCAUAAGCAUGACAUUGUUCACAGAGACAUAAAGCCAGAAAAUCUCCUCAUCAGUUCUGAUGACGUCCUCAAGCUGUGUGACUUUGGUUUUGCACGUAAUCUGUCUGAAGGGACUGAUGCCAAUUACACGGAGUACGUGGCGACUCGAUGGUACCGCUCUCCAGAGCUCCUGCUCGGGGCUCCUUACGGGAAGGCGGUGGACAUGUGGUCAGUGGGCUGCAUCUUAGGAGAGCUGAGUGACGGGCAGCCCCUGUUCCCAGGAGAGAGCGAGAUCGACCAGCUCUUCACCAUCCAGAAGGUGUUGGGACCCCUGCCUCCAGAGCAGAUGAAGCUCUUCUAUAACAACCCUCGCUUCCACGGGCUGAGGUUCCCUGCUGUGAACCAUCCGCAAACGUUGGAGCGAAGGUACCUGGGGAUCAUCGGUGGAGGUCUGCUCGAUCUGUUGAAGAACCUGCUGCUGCUCAACCCGACAGAGCGCUUCCUCACAGAGCAGUGCCUGAACCAUCACGCCUUCCAGACCCUGCGCCUGGUGGAACGGCCCGGCCCGCCCACGCCCACGCCCGUACGCUCGGCCAAGAGAAAGCCUCACCACGGGGACAACACCACCCCCAGCAGGAGCCAUGGAGGGAAGAGCUCAGGAAGCCACCGAUCCAGCAGCAGAGAGUGCUCCAGCUUACCCCGACAGGAGGACGUCCUCCCGGGCAGCGACAGCUUUCUGAACGGCAACAUGGCGGCAGCCAUCAACCUCAGUCCCACUCUGCAUCCCAAGAACUACCAGCCGCAGAUCUUCAACCACUCCACCGCCUACAGCAUGGACCUGGCCGGCAGCAACCUGCCUCACCUGCUAAGCCCCGGUGAGGCCAAGGGCAAAGGCGACUUUGAGAUGAGCUUGGGUGCCAAGCUACUGGACGGACCCGGUGCCAAGUACCUCAAAUCCAACUUCCGCUCACAGCAGAACCGACACUCUUUUGUGGAAGGGAAGACCAACACCCUGCAGUCGGGGGAAAAACACAGCCGACACAACUACAUAGAGUCCCACGGCUCCACGCCCUCCUCCAAGUUUGCCUACCUGAACUUGUCGAAGAGUUACGGCAUGCUCAGCGACGCCAAGUCGGUGGGAAACCUAAAUGAUGUGCAUCUGUAUGCGGAUGAGCCAACAUCACGCUACUUACCGUCUAGCUGCCUCGACCUGACGGCCCCGAGCAGCCCAGCGUCCCGCAGGGUGGAGAGGUUGGGCCCCGGGACGGCUGGCCGAGGAGGGAUGCGCUCAGACAGAGAGAGCAACACCCUGGACUCCUCAUACAGGCGCUCCUCCACCCGCCAUAAGGCGUCAGAAGAGGCCAAGUCACCGGAUUCCCUGGACCCCGGAGAUAGCAGCAUGGAUAGGAGCCACGGUCACUCUCUGUCUGCUCCGCAUGAUCCUCUCCCUUAUGGUCAGGGAUACACCAGCCCCUUCUCCUCACAGCAGCGGCCGCACCGCCACUCCAUGUACGUGCGGAGGGAUCACCAGAGGACGCACGGGGGAGAGGAAGGCCUGCUGGUCGGCCAGGGAAUCCCCACCAGAGCCAGCAGCCUCCAGCUCCUGUCGCCUCAGCUCCAGCACCGCACGCUGCCGCGCCACUCCGGGAGCUCAUCCAGGGAAGACGACAUGAGCCGGAGCGAGCAGGCUCCCACUGAAGUCCCCCACAGCAGACCCCCAAUAAGGGACUCCACCAGGGACAACACUGCAUCUUUUCACUCACAGCGGCAAAUAAGCGAGGUUGGCCUAUAUCAUGACCAACAAGCAGAAGACGGAGGUUCCUCCAAGGAGAACCGCAACAUCUACAGUGAGUCCAUGCCGAGGAGGGUGGGCAGCUUCUACAGAGUGCCAUCUCCCCGGCCAGACAAGUCUUUUCACGACGGCAGAGGCCCGGGCCGAGACUCCGGCUUAUCUGGCGAUGGCAGCAGUUUAACAAAUCACUCCAAGCGCCAGCCUGCAUUUGACCCCUGGACUGGCCCAGAUACCGUGGUCCUGAAUGCAUCCGAGCCUUCCAAAGAAAAGGAGAAGCAGGGUUUCUUUAGAGCAAUAAAAAAGAAAAAGAAGAAAACUCAGAUGGCUCCCAGUGAAGGGAUGGACACGGUCAUUCAGAAGAGCUCAAGGUCCUCUGGCCAUCAGAGCAGUCGCCACAGGAGCCGCGACAAGAGCAGAGACAGGAACCAAGAACGAGACCGGGACAAGGACUGGCCAAGAGAGAAACUCGCCGAUUCACACUCUCCAAGUCAGCCACUGAAGUCUCUGCGGAAGCUCCUGCACCUCUCCUCCUCAUCCUCCAACCAGACGGGCUCCUCCGAUAUGCGCUACCAGCCGCUGCCUAACUCAGCCUCCGCUCAGGGCGGGUUCUCCGAAACCCGGGGUCACUCAGGAGUCGGCACGCCCCAGCUUAAGAGCCGACAGGGAGCCUACCCGCUGCCGGGCCAGCUGGACUCUGCUUGGCACUCUUCUGCCCUGGGCCGCCCCGAGGGCAACCCUUACCCGGAGCAAAUGAGCAUCAAGGGGGGCCAGAACGGGCAUGGCUUCGGACGCCAGGCCAGGUCCCGCAUACCAAACCUCAACGACCUGAAAGAGACAGCUCUGUAGUCCUCGCCGCCCUCACCUCAGCAUCCCGCUUCCCUUCUGUUGCUCCGACACCUCCCCUGUAAACAUGCUGAACACACAGAAACACCAACCCUCCUGUUGUAAACACUGCUUGCAAUCAGGCCAAAAGCCUUUUCAUGUCGUAAUUUUUUUAAAGCUUCCAUGUUUGAUAGACUUUAUAUUAUUACUUAUGUAAUUCUAAAUCUAAUUUGUAUUAUAAAGUAAAUAUGUUACAGAUUCAGUAUAUACAUAUAUCUGUAUAUAUAUAUAUGGAUAGGUAAAGUGUAGAUUUUAAGUGUAAGUAUUUUUGAUUUUAUUAAAUAUAUAAAUAUGGUACAUUUUACUGUGUAGUAUCAGUUUAAGAUAAAUCUAAGGCAUUCUAAGCAAAUGGAGAUGAGCCAGUCAUCACAGCAGAGGCUGGUAAUGUCAGUACGGAUGAUGUCCAUCUCUGCCAGGGUCGUAAUUCUUUUCAGGUGCGUCACCUUUUAGAUGUGCUCUGUCAUUCUUGUUGCUGAUGAACAAAUGUGCUUCUGAAAAACCGCAGCAGCAUCUCUCUGGGCUGUAGGAUACUCACACGGUCCGAGAGCUUACAUCUAACUACUCGUUUGUUGGAUAUUAAAUUGAUUGUCUCUUUAUGAACUGCGGCCAUUUUGAAAUUAAGAUAACUAUAAACUAAACUCUAUGCUUUAAUCUACACUGCCCUCUGCGGGUCAUAAUGAAGCACUGCUCUAAGUAUUUUCUAACACAUUUCAAAUCAUGAAUCAGUCGUAUGCACUGAUUAAUUAUCUAAUUUAAUUACACAAAUCACAUGAUUGAAGAAAAAUCAUAAAAGGUUGAAGAGUUUUAAUUCAAAUUAGUUAAAUUUUCAGGGCUUUGUGUAUGUUUUUAGGAGUUAAUGAUAGAGGACAUUUAAAGGGCGUGGCUCUUCGCUCCCUUCCUGGUUUUUGGAAAGCAAAAGACCCUCUAAGUGGUUCGACUCUAUCAUAGAAACGCACAAACUCACUCAAAACUCUACAACCCUUGGCUGCUAUAAAAACAGCGACAUUUUUAACUGAUUGUAAGAAAAGUAUUUUUACAGCAGCUACAGGAUCAUAAAAGCCAUUUAUAGUGAUGCAGUGGCUCUCAAAUGAACAAAGUCUGCCUUUAAUUUUCAAAGCUGUUUGCUUUAAUCAACAUUUAAUCUAAUUUGCAUAUGUUUUGUCGCUUUCCUGUAAAUCCUGCUCUGAAAAGCAAUCAGUGCGUGUUAACUUCAAGUAUCUUUCAACCAUUGCACCUGGAUUUGUUUACUUGGCUCUUUUGUUUUUUUUUUUUUACUUCAAAAUCGUAUCAUCUCUAUAUUAUAGAAGCAAUUGCUUCAUCUAAUUAAUUAUAAAGCUGUAGCCCCCUUAUAUUUUAUGGCAAAUCCAAGUAAAGGUGUAAAAAAUGCCUCUGAGGUGAUCCUCCUUUUUUACAGUAGCAUAAUCUUACAGGAAAUAUAUUAAAUAUUUCAAAUUUUACAUUAUUUUCACAUUAGGACCGUUUUAUCUUUUACUAUAAUUUUUUGUUGUUGUUUUAAUAUGUUUUUAAAACCUAAUAGCAAUUUUUUUCUCUUUCCUUGGGGUGACGUAGAUUCUGUCACAAUGCAGUAAUAAUAAUCUCCAAAGUUCAAUGUUAGAAAACAGCAAAGGGAUGCUUCAUAUUGUUGGUCAGCAAGUUACUAUGACAACCAUUAGAUGCUAUCAACACGCUGUUUAAGACCAGAAAUUUUUAUUUUUCAUUUCUUUGUUAAAAAAAAGUAAACUGGUAAAGUUUGCCAAGCCGUCCUGGCACUUUGGGUGUUUGAUCGGUCUGAGACUGAAACUUUAAAAAAACACUUUUCAGAGGGGAGGGUUGCAUAAAACAAAAGAUUAGUACAGAUUAAGCACCUUAUACCCCCACCGCAUGGUGUGCUGUGGGUCCUUUUUAUCCUUUUAGUAUUUUAGUUGACCUUUUAAACUAAGAAACAGAGGAAAAGCAAUAGCUCAUUAUACCUAAACUUAUUUACAGCCAAAGCAAUAAUUGUAAAAGUAGGGCUACCAACAUGCACAGACAGCAGGAUGGUACAAAUAGAGACAUUUUAACAUCUUUACCUGGCAUGCUAACAGUUUGCUAUCUAACUUUCCCUUUUUGUUUGCCAUACUCUUAAAUUUAAGUUGCUAAGUACGCUUUAUUUCUUUUUAAUUCUAGUUACUUUUUUCACCAACUUUCUUGAACUAAAUUGUAUUUCUCUCCUCUCAGCUUCCAUGCAGUGUUUCCAGGUACCCUCUGAUCUGAUUGGGAGUUACUGCACUACUGCGUUUCUGACUGAUAACACACAUUUGAACAACAUAGGACGAACUUUUGAAAAUGUGAAACCCAUUGUUGGGAUAAUGUGGACCUGUAAUGUUGUUAUAUUGUUGGAAAUGAAGUGCCAUGACAGCAGCUCUGCAGAAACAAGUCUUAACCUUUGUUUUUAGUUUUAUUUUUUUAAUAUUUCACUCUGAAGAGCCUUUGUGGCUUAGCAAUAUUGUCCUGACUCUGUAAAAUGACUUCUCACUUCCUGUUUAUCAUGUGUAAAGCGAGUGUGUCGGCUGGUUUUGUUACCUUAUGGGGACAUUUUACUAGUAUAAUAUCCUACAUUAAGGGGACUAACAGGUCCUUGUGGAAAUCAGUCAAAUGAGGAAAAGUUCUCUUCUUGGGUUGGGGGUUAGGUUUGAUCUGGGUUUAGUUUGGGUUUUCGGUGAGGUAUGUGUUGGUAAUAUAAAGAGUAAAGGUAAGAAUGGGCGUUAGGCCAUAGAAAUGAAUGGAAGUUUAUAUAAAGUCCCCUUAAGCGUGACGCCUGUGUGAGUGUGAGGACUGAGACCUGCGACACACCGAGUCAAAGAGACGUUCCUCUCUUUCAAAUUUACCAUUUUUCGCUGAAGGAGCACCGUGUAUUAUAUUAAUACUGACGUGUGACUUACUUGUUUGGUAAUAUUUAUAACAGAGCAAUGUUUAUCAGCUGUUUAAAUGAGAUCGAGUAUAAAGUUUGUGCUUUUUCUUUGGUUACAGACACGAUUUAGUAGCAUAGUCUGUGUUAAACCUGCUUACUUUUCUUUUUUUCCAACAGGGAAUUUUCAUGAGAAUAUGAAAUGCUUAAUUCAACGAAUGCGUAACUUCUUUAGAAUAUUCAUGUUUACAUUUGUGACAGUAAAUCUCCAAUAAAAUAAGCUGAUUUAAUU